AGUCGAUGCCUGUGUUUCUAAUUAGAAAUUAAAAAGAUACGCGCGAGUGAUAAUAUAAUUAAAAAAAAACCAUGAAUGUGAUUUCGUUAACUGUACAGAUUCUGGAAAGCAAUUGUUUCAUCGUUUAUAGUAUGAUGAUAAUUUUAUUCGUUGCGUUUACGAUGUUCCACAAGAAUAGAUUGGAGGCAACUCAAAAUAGAAUUGGCGCUAAGAAGAAAUUCGCAAUCCAUGAUGGCGGAAGAGAAAAAGAACAUCCCGAUGACGAAGACGAUCCCGAUUGGUUGGUGCCUGCCAUUCCAGAAGAUACACCUCACAUACCCUACAAGCCAAUUAAACGCCCGAUGGAAGAAAUUCUCCAGAGGUCCAUAGACUACUAUGAGCUGAUGGCCAAGAGGCGGACAGUGAGGAGUUUUAGCACCGAGCCUAUACCCCAGGAAGUGCUGGAUAACAUUGUAAAGACUGCAGGAACCGCUCCAUCCGGUGCUCACACUGAACCCUGGACGUACGUAGUCGUCCAAGACGCCAACAUGAAAGAAGCUAUAAGGAACAUAGUAGAAGAAGAGGAGGAACUGAACUACAGACGAAGAAUGUCAAGGCAAUGGGUGACCGACCUCAAGCCAUUUGCAACUUCGUAUAAGAAACCAUAUCUUUCUGAUGCACCAGCUCUCAUACUGGUAUUUCGGCAGACAUACUCAUGGAGAGAAGAUGGAAAGAAGAGGAUGCAUUAUUACAACGAGAUUAGCAUUGCGAUUGCAGCUGGUUUCCUUUUGGCCGCUAUUCAGUACUGCGGCCUGGUGGCCCUGACAUCUACUCCCCUGAACUGCAACGCUCGCCUACGUGAUCUCUUAUCCAGACCUUCCAACGAGCGUCUGGAACUUCUGCUACCGGUUGGACGUCCGCACGAAGAAGCAACAGUGCCCCACAUAAGCAGGAAGACCCUCGAACAAAUUAUGAUUAACGCCUGAAAUUUCCAAUUAUUUGUAGUCAUUUUAGCUUUACUGAAUAUUGCUCACUCUCUAAGAUUAGGAUUAAACUUUUUUUUAUGUA